UUUUUUGUUGAUUAUUGUAGGUUUCCUCCAACUUAUAGGAUGUCUUGGUGCCUUAAAAUUAUCAGAAAAACUACUGAAUGCUUACUUGUUGCUUUUGCUACUGUUGUUAAUAGGUGAUGUGGUUCUAGGAAUAUUUUGGAUGUUCAAGUUUGAAAAAAUAAUGGAAACGUUCGAACCAAUGUUAAGAAAUAGAUUAAAUACAGAUUAUGGUAACUCAAACGAAUUCACUCAUUUGUGGAACCGCUUACAAUUAGAUGGGAAAUGCUGUGGUAUACUUGGAGCUCAAGAUUUUCUUAACAAAUCGUUUGUAUUAUCUUGUUGUGAAGCUGGAGUAAAUUCAACUAACCAUAUUUCUGUAUCAAGAAAGCUACUUGCUUCGGCCUUGGUACUGCAUAGUGACGAACUAGUUCCUAUACAAAAACUGAAUGCUACUGAUCUCGUUAAUCCUGCUUGGAGCCAUGUUGUGUUAGGAGCCAAAGAUAUGACAUCGGGAGGUAGCAAUAGUAUGAAUAAUACAAAGGAUGAAAAAAGUGGAACCAGCGUAGGAACGGCAGAACAAGGAAAAAUUAUUGGGUUAAAAAUUGGCAAUGGCAACCCCGAAUACAACAAAAAUGUAUCAAAUUGCAAAGGGCAUAUAAAGCACGGCUGCAGAGAAUUUCUUGCUGAAUGGUUGAGAAAUACAGCUGAUGUGUUAUUUGUAAUCGGAUACUGCGUUAUUACUUUUCUAAAAUUGUCAUUUUUAGGAAUUUUAAGAUAUGAAAUACGUGAAAUGAUCCAGAAAAUUAGACUAUUGCAAAAUGAAACCACAGUUACAAAUUCAGACCAAGAGAUAAACCAAAAUCAACUGACACAGGUAACAAGCACAUCUGUUAAUGGUGGAUUGCACACAAUGGCUGAAUCUAAAAUUGGAAAUUAUGAUCGAGAAAAAGAACGAUCUAGAAUAAGUUUUGCAGAAGGAGAACGUGAGUCGUUAUUAAUAAAAGAAGCUACACCUCUAAAUUAUCUGCGUAAAAAACAUUUAUAUGGAUGUUCAGAAUAUAACACUGCAAGCUGUGCAGCCGAGUCUAGCAAAAUAAGUAAUCAUGGAAAUAGCUUUGAAUGCAUUGAAACCAAUUACUGUACAUCCACUGACAGUUUUAGAAAUGCACCCAAUAGCGCAACAAAAAAUACUGCAACGUUAGGACCAAAUAGUGGAACAAACAUUAAAGCAUUUCAAGACAACUCCAGUACUGCAGCUGCUGCUGCAAAAUCUUUGAAUAAUAGCUAUGAGCUCAAUGAAUUUGAUACACAAACACCAAAAUACAGAGGUGGAUUUAACAAUUGCUCCAGCAAAAUAGGCAAAUCUUCAUCUGCAUCCAAGAAAAUUUCAUCAAAUCAGGUUAAUGAAAAUUGGGAAGAUAACAAUUUCUGUUGCGAAGGGCGAUGUGAGAUUACCGAAAAAAAGUUUUCUGAAAUGCAACCACUAAAAACCUUGCAAGAUACAAUAGAACCUACUCAAGAACUUUAUCAGUUACAACAGUUUCAUUGUAAUCAAAAUCAAGCAAAUAAUGUUCAACACUUCAUGUUUAAUAAACCACCUGAAAUGAACUGGGAAGAAGAAACAAAUGCGUUAUUAUCAACGAAAAAUAAUUUUGAUGAUCAGCACAGUAAUGAAAUGGUUAUCACACAAGAUUCAUUGAGAAUGUCUGCAAAAUCAAUGAAAGCCAAAAAGGCUUUUACCACAAAGAAUUUCACGUAUGGAUGUGACACCGAUUCAUAUGGAAAUACUAGCAAAGAAUUUUCAGAAGAAUCACCUAAUUUGGAUGUUAUUAAGGAAAUCUGUCAACCUAACUAUUGUCUUAGAAAACAGUUCAAUAAAUUGUUAAAUACUCAUAAUAUUACCGACAUGAAUAAUUAUGACAGCAAUGAGCAACUUGAUAUAAAAUUCAAAAGCAUGGUUUCAGAGGAAGCAACAAAAGUAACCAACAUCUAUAAAAAUGUACAUCACAAAGAUGACGAUUUUAACUUCAAUCAAGAACCAAGCGGUAAUCAAAAGAAACAGAUUCCUGACUUUGGUGUGAACUUAGCAGAAUAUCCAAGUUGUGUUAAUAAUGAGCUUGACGCUAAAAUAAAGUAUGCACGAAUAAAUCACGAAAGCUCUAAAUUUAAUUAUAAUUUUUACAAUGAUAAAAAACAGCAAUUGCAUAGAAAUAAUGAAAAUUGUUGCUGUUGUUGUAAUAAUAAUAAUUAUGAUCAUAACUCUAGUUCUGGCCAAGACAUUUGAUUAUGCUUAAAGCGAAAUUGUAGAAAUAACAAGUCUAGCGUAAGGAAUAGGAAUAAUCAAAUCAAAUCUGGAAUUAUUAAAAAUAAUGCUUUUAUAUGGAGCCAUUGGAUAGACAUAAAUCUUACAAAGUCAAAUUUGUUACAAUAAUAGAAGUAACUAUAUAUAACAUUCGAAAAAAUUAUAGUUAUUAUUGUAUUAAAGGUUUAUCAAUUCGUGUUGCCAACAAGCAUUAUUUUAAGCUAAUUUCGAAAUUAGCUUUUAAAUAGUAAUUAAGUUUACAUUAAUUUAAAAAUAUAAUUAGAAAAGGUAAUCGACUAUAAAAUUGUUUUUUAAGCGAUCAAUGAAUAAAUGCUUUAAACAGCUCAAAUUAAUCAAUAAAAAUGAAAACUUGUAAAACAAAUACACAUGUACUUUAAAGAUAAUAAUUAGUAAAAAUACUUAAAAUAUUAGAAGUAAAAAAAUUAUAGAAAUAUUAAUAUGUAUUAGGAACAUGUAAAAACAUUCUUAAAUUUUGGUUUCUAUUGUUUUCUAUCAGAACAUGAUUGCAAAUGUCAUUCCCUAUUUCGAGUAAAACACGUUUGAAACUUUUUAUUGCGUUAUUUUUGUUCUGCUAAAACAUUAACUAGUAAACAUUUAGUGAAGAUGUUUCAAAAUGUAAACAUUUGAAAAUGUUAUUAUCAAUUAUUAUAUCGUAUUAAAACUUUAAGAUAUUUUUCGGGGCUAUUGGUUAGCUAUAAUGUUUUUCAAGGAUUUUUUUUAAAACUACUGAAAAAAUUAAAUUUUUUUUUCUUGCAUCAGAAAGCGCUUAACAUCUUAAGUAAUAUUACACUCAUAACUUUUUUGUUAAAUUGUAGUAGUAAUAAUAGAAAAUCCUAGAUUUAUAUUAUUUCUUUAUUAUAUAAAAGUCUAAUCCACAAUGAUGAAAUAAUUUUGUAGCGUAAAGUAGAUCUGCCAAUGACAUGAAUAUUUUAAAAGAGUUUUAAAUUGGCUUAAUAUUUAGUCAGAGAAUAAUUGAAUUGUUAAAUUUAAUUUAUCUAAAACAACACUUUUUAUUUUAUUUUUUUGCGUUUUAGAUAGACAAAACCAUAUGAAAUACGCUAUAAAAUUAAGAUUGCAAAUUCGGAAAAGAUACCUUACUUUUAUCUACAUUUAUCAUAAGUAACCUUUUACACAAAUCCAAACAUCUAGACUUGACCCAAGUAUUAACAAAAUAGGAUUCAAAAAUAGUAUUCACGUGUUCUUUAAAUCAAACUUCAGAAAAUAAUAAAUGAAGUGUAAAUUUACAUAGAAUAUUAUGUCAUACAAAUCAAAUAACUAUUAGGAACUUAGGUGCUAAGUGGGGAAAACGGCUUUUGAUAAAUAAUUUGUAUAAUAGUUAUUAAAGUACACAAAAAUUUGAUUAAAAUAAACGAAUUUUAAAAAAAAGUAAAAAAUCAAAUGUAAUAAAAUAUAUAAAAAACAGGAAGUAGCUAUAAAAAUUAUAGUGAAAAAUAAAAACAAAAGUUGAAAAAAAUACAUUAUAAAAUUUUGAAAUAACGGGGGUAGUGUGGGUAGUCUGGCUUUCACAUAUUUAAUCAAAAUAAUAUAUUUAUUUAUAUAACAUAAACAAUUUUAUAAAUUCUUGCGAGCUUCGUUGAUUUAGACAUCAUAAAAUUAUUAAUUCAGACUUAGUAUUAAAUAUAAAUAUACAUAUUUAGGCAUAUGUGGAGUAUUUGUAUUUAUAAAUAGAAAUAUAUAAUUUAAAUGUAACUAAAAUAAAUUUAUUCUUGUUAUGUUUGAACAUGUACAUAUAAUAAAAUACAAUUUAUGUAAUUCGCCA